UUUUACUUGUUUGCUUCAGGUGACAUUCAUGGGCAAUAUAGCGAUCUGUUAAGGCUUUUUGAGUAUGGGGGUUUUCCUCCUAAGUCCAAUUACCUAUUCUUAGGUGACUAUGUAGAUCGAGGAAGGCAGAGUUUAGAAACAAUAUGCUUGUUACUUGCGUAUAAAAUCAAAUAUCCAGAGAACUUUUUCCUUCUUAGAGGAAACCAUGAAUGUGCUUCUAUUAAUAGGAUUUACGGAUUUUAUGAUGAAUGUAAACGCCGGUUCAAUGUGAAAUUGUGGAAAGCCUUCACUGAUUGCUUUAACUGCCUUCCUGUUGCGGCACUCAUAGAUGACAAGAUAUUGUGCAUGCAUGGGGGACUCUCGCCAGACCUCACGAACCUUGAUCAAAUUAGAAACUUACCUCGCCCAACUGCUAUCCCAGAUACUGGUUUGCUUUGUGAUUUACUCUGGUCGGACCCUGGUAAGGAUGUUAAAGGAUGGGGAAUGAAUGAUAGAGGAGUUUCAUUUACCUUUGGCCCUGAUAAAGUCUCGGAAUUCUUGGCUAAGCAUGAUUUGGACCUUGUCUGUCGUGCUCACCAGGUUGUGGAGGAUGGUUAUGAAUUCUUUGCUGACAGGCAGCUGGUCACCAUUUUUUCAGCCCCCAACUACUGUGGUGAAUUCGACAAUGCUGGUGCAAUGAUGAGCAUUGAUGAAAACUUAAUGUGUUCUUUUCAGAUUCUGAAGCCAGUAGAAAGAAAAAACAAGUUCAUGAUGUCCACAAAAAUGUGAUUGGCACCAUUCUCUAUUUAGAAGGAAUCACAGUUGCAGCUCCACCUGGGAAUCCCUCUGACAAAGAAAUAAGCACUCGGCUCGCCUUUACCUUAUCUUAAUGGAUGUAGUAUGAUUAAGAAUGACCUUUAUUACUGGUAGUAGCAUGAACUCUAAGCUGUAAACCUCGUUUUGUCCCUUUAUAGAAAGGGUGUUCCAUGUAGAUAUAAUUUGUUUGGAAACUCAACCACCAAACAUGGCCAUUCUUACCAUGGAAUAUUGGCAUUUUUUGCCAGUUUAUCAAUGACUAAAUUGUUUGCAAGUUUAAGUGUU